CCAUCAUUUACAUAAUGCCGUGAGUGCCACGUUGCUGGAGCCUGUGCGCUCUCAUUAUUAUGAGAUCACGCCCAGUUUCUCGCAGGGGCAAGUGCAUGAUUGUCUGAGCAGGGAGAGGCGAGGGAGGAGAUGAUGUAAGAGCCAAAGGCACUAUUAACGGCUUAAAAACAAAUCAUCUCUGGCCAGUGGAAUAUAACAUUAGCCUCAUUUCACCAAGACCCAGAGAGGGAAAAAAAUGCUCACCGAUAUGAUGGUAGAAGAGGAAUUUGAAAUAAGAGAGGACGAACCGUGGUAUGAUCAUCAGGACUUGCAACAUGAUUUGCACCUGGCUGCCGAGCUCGGAAAAACUCUGUUGGACCGAAACAGAGAGUUGGAGGAGGGGCUUCAACAGAUGUACUCAACCAAUCAGGAGCAGCUGCAGGAAAUCGAGCACCUCACCAAGCAGGUGGAUCUUCUGCGGCAGAUGAACGAGCAGCAUGCCAAGGUCUACGAGCAGCUGGAUGUCACGGCAAGAGAGCUGGAGCUUGCCAAUCAGAAGCUGGUCCUGGACAGCCGGGCGUCCCAGCAGAAGACCACCGGGCUGCUGGAGACGAUCGAGGGGCUGCAGGCCCAGGUGGAUGAGCUUCAGCGGCAGGUGGAGGAGAUGAAGCGGCCGGGUCGGGGGUGCUGUCUGAAGAGGGACCUGGCUGAGCAGCGGCACUCCAGCUCUGCCCAGAGCGUGUCCUGCCUCAAGGAGCUCUAUGACCUGCGCAAGCACUUUGUAUAUGAUCAUGUGUUUGCUGAGAAGAUCACGUCGGAGUCCAGCGAGCUGAGCCAGGCGGAGGAGGAGAAUGCUGCCCUCAAGAGGACGGUAACGGUACUGCAGGGCCAGCUGAGCGCGGAGCGGGGAAAGCGGGUGGCCGCAGAGCAGGAGGUGGAGCUGAUCUCCCUGGAGAACGGAGACCUGGAGCAGCGCAUCUCUGAGCUGAACUCCUGCCAGGCCCGGGUGCAAGAGCUGGAGAGUGACGUGGACGAGCUGCGGCAGAUGUGCAAGUCCGACUCUGCCUUCGUGAGCCGUGUGGAGAAGCUGGUGCCCGAGUCCUUCCUGAUCUCCUUCCGGGAGUCCCUGCUGGAGCGGGAAACGGGGGAGGAGGGGAAAGAGAACGGGGUCCCGGAAAUUGACAAGCGGCCGCUGAAACGCAGCAGCAGCGAGACCAGUCUGAAGUGUGCCAGCGAGGAGGAGAUCCGCAAAGGGCACGAGCAGACCUGCAUCCGCCGCUCCGAGUUGGUCAAACAGAGGGGCAUCUCUCUCCUGAAUGAGGUGGAUGCCCAGUACAGCGCCCUCCAGGUGAAGUACGAGGAACUGCUCCGCAAGUGCCAGGUGAACGACCGAGACGGCCACAGCAAGGCCGUGCAGACUUCCCAGCGCUACUCCCGAAGCAACAUCGCCCUCGCCCUGCCCUCGCCCAGCGGCUGCCAGGGGGAAUCGCCCAGCGACAGCCUUCCUUGGAACCAGCCCCCCACCCCAGACAGCCAGCAGCCCGAAUACAAAGCCCUCUUCAAGGAAAUCUUCACCUGCAUCAAGAAAACGAAAGAGGACAUCAGCGAGCACCAGCGAGAGAAGAAUAAGCUAGUCUCUUCACAAACCCAGUGAGACUAGAUAGACAAGGGAAAAGCCUUGGCUCCCAUUAUGGUUGAGCUUCGAGACAGGGUAGCAGUAUUGUAGUAGGUUUGUCCGUCCGGUAUAAAGAUGGGCAGGCCAGUCGUGGGAUAAAACGUAAUGUGUUUUGAUUUUCGUUUUUGUUCUGAAGACACAGAAUGCAGUUUUUACAGCAUCAUUGAAGGGGUUCAUAUAGCUGGAUUUCUUUUCAGUCCCAAAAAGCUCGAUUUGCCCCUCCCUCAACUAGCAUGGAUAGUCAGAAAGCCAUACACCCUUUUUGUAAAACUACUUAACGUUCUGUGACUGGUUUUCCUCUCUCUGCUUAGUUUUUUUUUUUUUUUUUUUGGUGGUGUGCUGUAUAUCUCACUUCUUUCUACACACAGAUGAGACAAAAUUCAGGAUACAUCCAACAUCCUGAACAGAUUUAUUUUUUUUCCUACUUGUUUACUUUGCUAGUUUGUUAUUUAAUCUUUUUUAAAGGUUAAACAGAGUUUAAUUCUAGUCAAUAGUAUUUUGAGAAUUGGCAAAUGACUACUGAUAAGCAUAUUGUUAAAAAAGAAAAAAAAAAAUCAUACAUUGUUGUUUAAUGCAUUAUUAUUUUUUGCAUUUCAUUUCCUAUUCCUGUGGCUGGGAUUAUAGUCUAAUAAUGGUGCUGCCAUCCGUAGAGUGUCAUCAUAGAAGUACCAAAUAGAAAAAAAAAAAAAAGAUGAAUAUAGUUGAUAUUUAAUUUUGCAAUUUCAGCAAAGCAUAAUUGCAAUUAUCUUUAUCGCAGUGUUUGUUUAGUACUUAUUUAAAGCACUUUAAGAAUAGAGGAUGGCGUAAUUAAAACCCCUGCCAGCACUGCUGUUAAUGCUUUUGUAAAUAACUUUUUGGAAGUUGGUCCAGUCAGACUGUCUUAACCCUUUUGUCUGCUACACCUUAUAGUGUGUCAGCCUUCUAGAAUAGUUUGUUACAUAUUCUAAUUCUACAGAGAACAUUUUUCAAAAACUCAUUGACACUUGCUGCUCCAGAACAUUAUACUACAUGGGUUCUUGGUAGAGGGUACUUUGUAGCAGAGGUGGGCAUGUCUGAUAAACACAGCAGGUUGCUUAAGCUUCAGUACUGUCAGUCUUACACACAUCACUUUAGCUGCUUUGCACUUCACGCAGAUUCAGUAUUGAUUGCUCCUUGUCCUGUAGCGAGAUAGUGUUGUUUGUUGGAUUUCUUUUUUAAAUACUGUGUUUCAUUUUGUGACUUGCUAAGAUGUCAAACGUUCAGCGGACAAAAAGAAAUAUACAAAAUAUGUAAAUGGAUGAAAUGUAAUGUUGAACAAGGAUUGUGUGGAGAGGAAACGUAGGAUUUGUUUGUGAAAGAAAGAAUGUUGGGUUAGAAAGAUAGUGAAGAGGUGAGUUUGGGGUAAGAGUAAACAUUGUUCUAAAGUUGGGUGCAUGGAUUUGCAAGAACAUGUUUUUAAGCUGUUGAUAAUAUACAUGCUGCGUUUGGAGACGUGCUUUGUAUUAUACAAGUUAAUUACCAAAAGCAGUUCUGCUUUAUACAUAACCAGUUUAUGUCACAUAAAAUACUUCAUGAUUGUUCAUGGAAAAUGUAAAACAUGCUUUUACUGUAAUUGUGUACGUUUUUGGAGCAAGUUAUCUGGAAACUGAUCUCCACUCACUGGCUGGGUAGAAACUAAGAUCCAAGUGAGACUGCUAUUUCUGUCCUCGUUAGCCAUGGAAUCCUUUUCAUGUCUUAUUGUUGAGAACUGAAAGAUCAAUAGCUAAAUUAGCCUUACAAUGUUGGUCCCACCUGCACAGCAGUAGUUACAUAUUUGUAUAUAUGUAAUCAGAUGUGUGUGAACAUGGUGUAUUAAUACCACACUUAAAAUUGCACCCACCCAUGACAAUUUAAAUAGGCAGCUUUUUUGUCUUUCUUUA